CUUAGAAACUUAAUUGAUGCUAGUACAAGUACAUUAUAAGAAUUUAACUUUGAAUAUAUAAAUAAAAAUAAUAUAUCAUAAAAACACAUCAUUUUAGCAAUUCAAAUUGAUAAUAAAUAGUCAAAUAUUUUAUUUAUAAUUAAAUAUGAACACAGAGUCGGUGUUAAUAACGGGCGCCAAUCGUGGCAUUGGUCUGGAAUUAGUGCAACAACUGUUGGUCAACACCGGCACCGAUGGCGGGCUCACACAUGUGAUCGCCACUACACGACAGGCCACUAAUGCGGCGUUGGAUGAGCUCCGGGACCGACACUCA